AUGAGAUGGAAAGUGAAUCAGAGAGGAAACCGAGGAGAUGGUGGGGUGGUGGAAGGAGAGGGUGACGGAGGAGAGUCGCACGGCGGAGAGGUUGAGGGGGGGAAGUUGAGAGUCUCUGCCGACUGGGAGUUCAAUCGAGAGCGGGCGGGAAGAGAGAGCCCCGAGUAUGCACCGCGGCGGGAGAGGCGCGAGGCUUUGCUUGGACGGCCGGUCGAAGGAAGGCAAAGCGGGCGCGCCGCCAGUCUGCCUCAGGCCGGCACUCCCUAUCCUAACCUAUCGUUUGCGGCGAGCAUCCCGGAGAGCAGCGCUACUACUUGCAGUCCGGAGUAUACCAAGGGGUGUUUCGCAGCAUCUAGACAACGUUUUUAA